CCCAGCCGGGUGCAGGAGGAGAGGAGGCGCGGGGUUUGGGAUGUAUCAUUAAGCGGGUUUUGCCAGUGUAACGCGGCUUGGCGAGCUGCUGGAGCGAGGCUGCCAGGAUCGUUAGCAAACGCCUAUACUCUUUUCUCGAACUUCCAGCUCUUGAUCCCUGGUGAAGUCUCUUCCCCAGGGUUUUCUCUUGUGUGUAUCUGCCUCUUCGUGUUCGCGGCACCGGGAGCUGCCUGGGUCCAGCUCCUCUCCCCUCUUCAGCAGUAUUGAGUGAAGAAUCCCAAUGUCGCUACAGUGACAGUGCACACUCCUUAAAGAGAAGGGUUUUUCAGUCUGCUAAAGGCACAGUGGAUAUACUAGGAUGGACACAGAGGAAUUCCCUCCACCACCACCAGAAGUUCUAGAGCAUGAACCAAAAACUGUAGGUACAAAUGCUGAAGAGGAGGACGAGGGAGAGCAGUUUGACUUCGACAGUGGAGAUGAGAUACCAGAAGCAGACAGGCAAGCCCUUGCGCCACCUUCCGCUGUUCCUGGAAAUAACAUAGAGCACCAAGAGGCUAAUGCCACAGGGGCUGGUAAUUUAGAGAGCAGUGAGACGCUGCGAACAUCCGAGCCUGUUGCAGAAGCCACUCCACCCAAAGUCAAUCCCUACUCAGUCAUAAAUAUUUCACCAGUACAAGACAAAGAUCCAUCCUCAUCGCCAGAACCCAGUCCUCAAGAAGAAUGUGCGAGUCUAAACUUCAGUGGAUAUUCGGUUCCUGUCCCCUGUGGCUAUGCUGUGCCAUCUAAUUUACCUUUGAUACUGCCAGCAUACUCCAGUCCUGUCAUAAUACGCAGUGUUUCUGUAGAAGAAGAAGGUACUCAGUCAGCAACUGAAGAAUGUCAUUAUAAUUCUGUAAACUCAGAGGAGCCUCAAAACAGUGAAGAUAACCAGGCGAAGAGAGAGGAUGAUGCACUGGCCAAGUGGGUUGCAGAUCCUGCAAACACAGCAUGGAUGGAAAACCCAGAUGAAGUAAUUUACGAUGACGUGCCAAGAGAAAAUUCUGACUCUGAACCAGAGGAAAUGAUUUAUGAUGAUGUUGAAAAUGGUGAAGAUGGUGGAAACAGCUCACUGGAAUAUGGGUGGAGUUCAAGUGAGUUUGAAAGCUAUGAAGAGCAGAGCGAUUCUGAGUGUAAAAAUGGAAUUCCCAGCUCCUUUUUGCGAGGCAACCACAAGAGACAUCUUUCACAUGACCUAACGCGUUUAAAGGAGCAUUAUGAGAAAAAGAUGAAAGAUUUGAUGGCAAACACUGUGGGAGCAGUAGAGAUUCAGCAACUAAAGCAAAAACAUGAGCUGAAGAUGCAAAAACUCAUGAGAGCUGCUAGAGAAGGUACCAAAGAUGGGCUUGAGAAGACAAAAGCAGCUGUGAAAAAGGGUCGUUCUUUCAUUAGAACAAAAUCUUUCAUUUCUCAAGAUCAUAGGUCAUCGUGUCUGGAAGAAGAGGAGCUAAAUUUAUUUAUUGAUGUGGACUGUAUGCAUACAGAAGCAAUUAUGACUCCUAUGCCUGAAGGAUUAUCACAGCAGCAGGUUGUGAGGAGGUAUAUUUUGGGCUCUGUAGUUGACAGUGAGAAAAAUUAUGUGGAUGCUCUCAAAAGAAUCCUGGAGCAAUAUGAGAAGCCCCUUUCAGAUAUGGAGCCAAAGUUACUGAGUGAAAGAAAACUCAAAAUGGUCUUCUAUAGAAUUAAGGAAAUUCUUCAAUGCCAUUCCAUGUUUCAGAUUGCGCUGGCGAGUCGUGUAUCUGAGUGGGACUCUGUGGAACUGAUUGGUGAUGUCUUUGUUGCUUCAUUUUCUAAAUCUAUGGUAUUGGAUGCAUAUAGUGAAUAUGUAAACAACUUCAGUACAGCGGUAGGGAUUCUCAAGAAAACAUGUGCCACCAAACCUGCCUUUUUAGACUUUUUAAAGCAGUGCCAGGAGUCAAGCCCUGAUCGAAUUACACUGUAUGGUUUAAUGAUGAAACCUAUCCAGCGCUUUCCACAGUUCAUUCUGCUAUUGCAGGAUAUGUUGAAAAACACUAAUAAAGGACAUCCCGACAGAUUACCUCUACAGAUGGCUCUUACGGAACUAGAAACACUGGCAGAGAAGUUAAAUGAAAGGAAAAGGGAUGCAGAUCAGCGCUGUGAAAUAAAACAAAUAGCAAAAGCAAUGAAUGAACGCUAUCUGAACAAGCUACUCAGCAGUGGAAACAGAUACCUCAUCCGGACUGAUGAUAUGGUUGAGACGGUUUACAAUGACAAAGGAGAAAUUGUCAAAACCAAAGAACGACGGCUUUUCAUGUUAAAUGAUGUGUUGAUGUGUGCAACAGUAAAUAUUCGCUCUUCCUAUGAAAGCAGUGGCACCGUGACAACUGGCCAGAGGUACUUAUUGAAGUGGAGCGUACCACUUGGACAAGUGGAAGUCAUAGAGUAUGGCAGCAGCGAGGGCCAAGGAGACAACUGCAGGUUUCCACCCCAGCACUCUGCUGAGAAUGCCGUCAUUAACUCAAAGCCAAACAAGCUGUAUAUGGGACCAGGGCAACUGUACCAUGAUCUGCAGAACCUUUUACAUGACUUGACUGUAAUUGGUCAAAUUAGUCAAUUAAUAGGCAGCCUUAAAGGAAACUAUCAGAAUUUAAACCAAUCUGUAGCCCAUGACUGGACCUCAGGUUUACAAAAACUGAUUCUGAAAAAAGAAGAUGAAAUCAGAGCGGCAGAUCGCUGUAGAAUUCAGCUGCAACUCCCAGGAAAACAAGACAAGUCUGGGCGGCCCACUUUCUUUACAGCUGUGUUCAAUACAUUUACCCCUGCCAUCAAACAGUCCUGGAUCAACAACUUACAAAUGGCUAAACUGGCCCUUGCUGAGGAUAACCUGUUAGGUUGGUUCUGUGUAGAAGACGAUGGAAAUCAAAUCAAAAAGGAAAAACAUCCUCUCCUUGUUAGACACAUGCCAGUGAUGAUGGCCAAGCAACAGGAGUUUAAGAUUGAAUGUGCUGCUUAUAACCCUGAACUGUACCUCUCUGGAGAAACAGAGUCAGACUCCUGUGCCAUGGAACAUGGUUUUCUUUGGAUUGGCAGUUGUACUAAUCAAAUGGGCCAGAUUGCAAUAGUCUCAUUUCAAAACUGCAGCCCCAAGGUUAUUGAGUGCUUCAAUGUGGAAUCACGGAUUCUCUGCAUGGUCUACAUACCAGAGGAGGAGAAACUGAAAGAGCAAAAUCAGGCUCUAGACUUGGAAAAUGUUCUUGCAAAAACUUCUAAUGUGCCUACUAUUUGCCUUGGCAUGGAAGAAGGAAGUAUUUCUAUUUACAAAAGUUGCCAAGGCUCAAAGAAAAUUCGACUCCAGCACUUCUUCACUCCUGAGAAAUCAACUGUUAUGAGCUUAACGUAUAUGUCUCAAUACUUGUUUGCUGGCUUGGUAAAUGGAAACAUCUCAAUCUACACAAAAGCAGAAGAUGGGACUUGGAACGUGGAGCCACAGAAGACAGUUAAACUGGGGGUUCUGCCUGUUAGAAGUCUGCUUGUAAUGGAGGAGACCAUUUGGGCUGCAUGUGGUGGGCAAAUUUUUAUAAUCAGCACUGUGACACAUUCCAUAGAGAGCCAUUUUGAAGCCCAUCAAGAGGAAGGGAUGGUCAUCUCCCACAUGGCUGUUGCUGGAGUGGGAAUCUGGAUUGCCUUUACAUCUGGAUCUACGCUUCGCCUGUUCCACACUGAGACACUGAAACACCUCCAAGAUAUUAACAUUGCCACACCUGUUCACAAUAUGUUACCAGGGCAGCAACGUGUUUCUGUGACCAGCCUCCUGGUGUGCCAUGGCUUAUUGAUGGUUGGAACAAACCUGGGUAUAAUAGUAGCAUUACCAGUGCCACGCUUGCAGGGGAUUCCCAAAGUAACUGGAAGAGGAAUAGUGUCGUAUCAUGCACACAAUGGCCCAGUCAGGUUUCUUGUAACAGCUGCAUCUAUAAAUAAGAAGAACAGAAACAAAUUGCGGAACAGCCUGCUUACUGGUUCAGAACCUAAAGAUGAUGACCAAAAGAACGUUCUGCACAAUGAAAGACCAGGUUCUUCCCUUAGUAAUGCCCAUGACACGGCAAUUUGGCUGGGGGGUUCAGUAGGAUCCAUUGCACAAAAAAGUGACUUGUCAUCAUCUUCUGGAUCCCUUACUAUGUCUCAUGGAUCAAGUUCCCUAGAACACAGGCCAGAAGACAGUAACAUUUACGAGCUUUUGAAAGAUCAGAAUAUCUCAUUUAAAAGUAAAAGACAGAGAUCCAAAAAAAUGAAAGCAAGUUCAGUAUUAGUCAUUUCUGGUGGCCAAGGACACAGAAGAGUGAACAAGAAGACCAAGCAGCAGCGACAAGAUGAACUAGUGUCUUCAGUGAUGGUCUGGCAAAUCCCACUAUUAAAUAUCUAACUGAAUUAAAUCCAAGACACCUUCUGCUGUUAAAAAAAUCUGAUAUCCUUUUACAGCAGAUGCCAGCUUAGGACCCAAAUGGAUAGACUUUAUGCACCUGGAAGCAAUUUCAGCAGUCUGUGAUCACAGGAUUAAGAGUUGUGAGAUAGUCUUUACAUACUUAGAAUAUUCUGCAGUAUUAGAGUAUCGGAAAAUGUUCAGCCAUUGAUGCUGUCCUUGAUACUUAAAACAAAAAGGAUCUGUUAGACACUUUUAAACAGUUUUAGAAUCUCUGCCUUAUUUAUAUUCACAUUUAUAAAUACCAUAAUUAUGUUCUAUAGCACUUAGAGAAGGCAAGGAACACAUGCCAUGUUUCAUGCUGGUUUUUGCUGAUGUAAAUCAGCUGUUGUUUCAUUUUCUAAUUUGGCAUAUUGCAUGGACUAUACAUUUUAACACAUAAGCAAAUAUUUUAAAACAAUAAAUAGUCUCAUGCAAACUAAUAAUAAUUUGGUAAUUACUAGAAUAGUUUGUAACAUUAUAUCACAAGCCAGAGUUUGUCUGGACAAAAGCAGUUAUUAAUUGAUUGGUAUUUGUUUAUUUCAACAUAGAAAAUAGAUUUUAAUUAUUAUUAAUAUUUCUAAUGCUCAGUAUUAUUAAAAAUGUUGCAGUACAAAAUGCGAA